CAGUUCAGUGCUAGCAGCAGCAGCUCACCUGACAACCAUGACCACCACUGACAUGAGCAUAGGCAAGAUUAUCUUCUAUGAGGAGAAAAACUUGCAGGGUCGCUCCUAUGAGUGCAUGAGCGACUGCGCCGACGUGUCCUCCUACCUGAACAAGUGCCAGUCCUGUCGGGUGGAGAGUGGCUGCUUCAUGAUCUAUGAGCGUCCCAACUUCUUGGGCAACCAACACUUUAUGAAGAAGGGCGAACAUGCCGACUCCAUGAGUGUGAUGGGCAUGAGUAGCGGCAUCAAGUCCUGUCGCCUCAUCCCCAUGCACAGAGGCCAGUUCAGGAUUAGGAUCUUUGAGCGGGAGAACAUGAGCGGCCAGUCCAACGAGCUGCAGGAGGAUUGUGACAACAUCAUGGAGCGCCUCCGCAUGAACGACUGCAUGUCCUGCCAGGUGAUGGAGGGCCACUGGCUGCUGUUCGAGCAGCCCAACUUUCGUGGCAAGAUGGUGUAUGUGAGGCCCGGCGAGCACCGCAGCUUCAAGGAGAUGGGCAUGAGCAGCACUCGCUUCUUGAGCAUGAAACGUAUCGUGGACAUUUGCUAGAUGUUCAAUUUUUCAAAUUAAAGCAACACAAACAUAUCAGAUUA